UAUUAGUAUAUUCAUGCGUGUACUUUAUCAUUUUGACAAAACGCUGUUACGGUUUCUAUAAGAUAAUAAUCGUGAUUCAAUGAAAUACAUGGCACAAUUGUGAUACGUCGUUAAACACACAUACACUUGACAAUAUGCCAAUAAUAUCAAAGUUCUUAUUACAAAAUAUAAUAAGUACGGACUAUAAGAUCUUCACUAUAUAAAAUUAAUCAUAAAAGAGCAUUACAGAUAUGCCUACGAAUAGUGUCCGAUCGUUCGUCUUUCAUCUAGUAGAAUAGACAAUCUGGUAAGCCAAUUUCUCGUGAUUAUAUUUCACUCGCUAGAAACAUUAUUUUCCCUCUGAGAGAAUUUUUUAUUAAAUUGAAAAUCUAAGACAACUGAGACAAUAUCGGCGAUACAGUAGUCUCAAUCGAGUGCUGAAGAUGGAUUCACCGAACGAAAUCUUUCAAUCUCGAUUAUAUAGAAUCAAUCGCGUGUUGCUUUCAUUACUGGGACAGUGGCCUUUUCAACAGGACAUACAUAGACGUGUUAUCUUUGCAACGGUGUCGUUUCUUGCUUUAUCGCAAGCCAUCACGCAGAUAUUCGCUUUAGUGACAUUACGUAACGACCUUAACGCAACGCUUGAGUGUAUACCAUCGCUCAUAAUAUACAGCCUUUGCAUCAUUAAAGUGAUAAAUUCACUGUGUAAUAUAAAAAAGAUCAAAAUACUUUUUAUACAUGUACAAAGAGAUUGGCAAUCGUGGGCUAUUCAAAGUGAAUUCGAAAUUCUGCAGAAGUUUGCGGAAACUGGAAGAAGCCUUACAAUCGGCUAUGCUAGUGGCAUGUAUGCAGCUGGCAACAUCUUUUGGAUAAUGGCGAUAAUUCCGAAGAUAAUCGGCAAAAAUAUGACUUCUAACUAUUCGACACGGCCAGUAGGAUUUCCAUAUCAUGUUGAAUAUUUCGUAGAUGUCAACAACUACUACUAUCCCGUGCUGAUUCAUAAUUAUUUAUCCGGUGUCAUUCGACUCACUGCCAUAGUCGCAUCCGAUACCUGCGUGGCUAUUCUAGUACAACAUUGCUGCGCAUUAUUUUCAAUCGUUAGAUACCGAUUGGAACAUAUACGAAAAUCUGUCGAACAAGACAAAAAACUCGCUAUGCUCGAGGAAGAUGAUAAAAUUUACAAAAAUUUUGUUUACUGUAUUCGAAAACACGAAGAUGGCUUACAGUUUGCGGGCCUUUUGGAAACUGUUUAUUCAAAGGCGUUCUUUAUAGAAGUCGGCUUAAUUAUAGGAGUCAUGAGUCUCUCAGCUGUACAGGCGACUAAUGAUACCCUCACGCCACAGAUCGCAAUCCGACAUGGGGGAUAUAUAAUCGCUCAAUUAUUACAUUUAUUUACUGUAUGUUGGCUAGGGCAACAGAUAAUCGAUCAUAGCGAUCGUGUAUACACAUCAAUUUAUCGAGGCGAAUGGUAUGAAACAUCAUCCAAAUCUAGAAAACUCUUAAACAUGAUAAUGUUGAGGAGCAUCUCACCUUGCACAUUGACCGCUGGAAAAAUUAUGAUUCUUUCUCUUCCCAGUUUCAGCGCGGUUGUACGUGCAUCUGCUUCAUAUUUUACAGUCUUACAAUCCAUACGGUAAUGUGUAAAACUUUCAGAGUUUCUUUUCUGAAAAGUGUAAAAUUGUCGAUGUAAAAAGAUGUUGUAUAAUAUUCCGUUAUUUAAGUAAUGAUAAAAUGUGCUACUCAUAUUUACGAUAAAAUAACCGAAGAAUAUUAGUAUAUUCAUGCGUGUACUUUAUCAUUUUGACAAAACGCUGUUACGGUUUCUAUAAGAUAAUAAUCGUGAUUCAAUGAAAUACAUGGCACAAUUGUGAUACGUCGUUAAACACACAUACACUUGACAAUAUGCCAAUAAUAUCAAAGUUCUUAUUACAAAAUAUAAUAAGUACGGACUAUAAGAUCUUCACUAUAUAAAAUUAAUCAUAAAAGAGCAUUACAGAUAUGCCUACGAAUAGUGUCCGAUCGUUCGUCUUUCAUCUAGUAGAAUAGACAAUCUGGUAAGCCAAUUUCUCGUGAUUAU